AUGGGGAGAAAGACUGGCGUGCUUCUGAUUGUGGGGGUCUUCCUGGCAUAUUACAUUUAUACACCUCUCCCUGACAAUAUUGAGGAGCCAUGGAGAUUGAUGUUUUUCAACACACUUUUGAAAAGUAUGACACAUUUGGCUACAUUUGCUGAAGUAUUGGGAAUCAGUAAUUUGUUUGACACUAUGAAAUUGUUUUCACCAUUUGAUGAAGUCCCACCCACAUCUGAUGAAAAUGUCACUGUGACAGAGACAACUUUUAACAACGUUCCUGUUCGUGUAUACGUGCCAAGGCGAAAGUCAGAAACACUGAGAAGAGCCUUAUUUUAUAUUCAUGGUGGUGGCUGGUGUUUGGGGAGUGCUGCUAUGGUUAAUUAUGACAAUCUGUCAAGGCUGACAGCUCACAGACUUGAUGCUGUUGUCAUAUCAACCAACUACCGACUAGCACCCAAAUAUAACUUUCCAAUACCAUUUGAAGAUGUAUAUAAUUCAUUAAAGUGGUUCUUACAGCAAGAUAUUCUUGAAAAGUAUGGUGUUCAUCCUGAAAGAAUCGGUGUUUCUGGAGACAGUGCUGGAGGAAAUUUAGCUGCAGCAGUGACCCAACAGCUUCUACAUGAUCCGAACAUCAAGAUCAAACUCAAGGUUCAGGCUUUAAUAUACCCUGCUCUUCAGACUCUUGAUAUGGAUUUACCUUCGUAUCGAGAAAACGCAUUCUCCUUUUUUCUGCCUAAAUGGAUAAUGGUCAGGUUUUGGAGUGAAUACAUUACUACAGACAGGUCACUGGAAAAAGCCAUGCUCUCUAAACAACACGUACCAGUAGAAGCAAGCCACUUGUUCAAUUUUGUUAACUGGAGUUCCUUACUCCCUGAAAAGUUUAAGAAAAGUCACUUUUAUAAUAGUCCAACUGCUGGACCAUCACAACUAGCUAAAAAAUACCCAGGGUUCCUCGAUGUGAGAGCCGCACCCUUGUUGGCAGAUGACAGUAAGUUGCGUGGUUUACCCCCGACCUACGUCCUCACCUGUCAGUAUGAUGUCUUAAGAGAUGAUGGAGUCAUGUAUGUCACCCGCUUGAAGAAUGCUGGCGUUCAGGUUACCCACAACCACGCUGAUGAUGGCUUCCACGGAGCACUUUAUUUACCGAACUUUAAAAUUGGAGAGAGACUAAAAAAUCACUAUAUUAAUUGGCUCAGUGAAAAUCUAUAA